AAAGUUGAUGUCUUUUUCCCCACUGCUAAACAAAAAAGACGUUUAAAUAAUUGCUAGUAAACUCAAUUAACCACUUGUAACCAUGCGGGCUGGAAGUAUUUAAAGCAGUGACUGAGCAGUUUUGUGCACUGCCGAUAGCAAUGCGAUUUCAAUUGUGUUUCUUUUUUACUUGUAAGCUUAUCAAAAGGUUGAGUGUAAAUACUGAAUACGGUCAGACAGAGCUGGUGUACAAUGGCAGUGAACCUUGAGUUAAUUCACGUCUGCACAAACGCUUUGUUGGUUUCGCAGUCUGCCGAUCAAACACCUCGGUACACACAUGCGGUGGUGUUCAUAUUUUUGGCGAAUGGCGAAGCAAUAAUGGUGCACGUACGAGGAAUACUGCUAGCGUUUGUGGUGGCGGUGGUUGCAGUGGCGACCUAUAUAGUGCUCGAGCCUAUCCCUGAGGGUGUAGACAGCCCAUGCACGCUGAAAAUUGUUUCGAAUUUUCUGAUAUUGUCUCCUUAUGGUAUGAAGGCCCUACCGACUGGGCUCGUCGACUGGCUGGAUGAGCGAUUCAGGGCGCACUCCCGGGCGAGCGAGCCGCGAGUACCGUACAGAGACGCGGUGUUUGACCGGGUACCAGUCCGGAUAUUUGCCGAUGAGCCCGCGGGAGAGAAGACCGAUAAACGGCCGGCCAUCGUCUUCUACCACGGCGGAGGUUUUGUAAGUAGUAGCGUAGAUAUGCACCACUCGUUAACGGCGAUGCUGGCACGGGAACUGAAUGUCGUUGUGGUUUCUGUUGAUUACCGUUUGGCGCCAAAAUAUCCAUUCCCCGCGGCAAUAGAUGACUGCACAGCAGCUACAGUCUGGUUCCUGAAGCACAUUGGCGAUUUCAACGUUGAUCCUGGGAGAGUUGCCAUCAUGGGCGACAGCGCUGGGGGCAACCUGGCAGCAGCCACGGCACAACGGUUAACCUUUGACCCCGAGUACCGUGACCUGCCCAGACCCAAGUUGCAAGUCUUGAUCGUUCCGUGCUUGCAGGCCUUUGACUUCCACACGCCUUCCUAUCAGCAAAAUGGAAAAUACAAUACACUCAUAUUGAGGAGAAUAACUAUGGCUACUUAUUGGAAUAAGUAUCUCCUUGGUAACAAGGGUGACGUCACGGAGGCAAUGCUGAUCAAUAAUCACACCUCGGCUGCCGCCAAAAGCUCCCCGUUGGUCCAAAAAUGCCUCUCGCGCGACCUCAUCCCUGACGAGUUUAAGAGACCAGACUACAGAGCGCCCUCAAACGACUUCGGCGAUGACGCCCUCUACGAGGAGAUCAAAGACGUCCUCUUGGAUCCAGACUACGCUCCUCUCAUGCGAGAAGACCUGAGAGGACUCCCAGAGGCUUACAUCCUGACCGCCGAGUAUGACGUCUUGAGGGAUGACGGCAUCAUGUACGCCAAGCGACUGGAGAAGGCGGGAGUGCCAGUCACUUGGAAACACUACAAGACGGGUUUUCACGCCUUGUUUGGCAAUUUGAUUCCCUCUGAAGUGGGCAAGCAAGGCGAUAAGGAUUUUCUGCAAUUUGCACUGAAGAAACUGUAAGCGCACGAAGUUCAAAACCAGUAGGUGAUAUUGUUUGGGGCUUUUGUUUACUUUUUUUUUUAUCAAGAAACGACAAUCAUAUCAAAAUAGAGAAUAUCUACCGAUAUUUUCGCGAAUGCAAACAGUGCGGAACAGCUCGAGUUAUGGUGUAACGAUUCUGAAUUUGCGCGAAGAAACUCUUGUUGCCUAAGUUAAAGGGUGAAUGAAAUAGAAUUCUUUUUCUUAUGCAUGCAGUCCUAGAAAAUGCACCUUUGUGCCCAUUUCCAUUUUAUUCCAAUCCCCAUGUUGACUUUUUUUCCGACCCUGAGCGUCUUUGGCGUUUUUUGGGGUUUUUAUGCUAAUGCGAAUUUCCAAAUUCAUUUAGCAAAAAUGUGAUGCCUUACGAGGCAUUACUUCAGGGGUUUUUUUUGGUUUGCAACUUGAGCAGAAAUCCACCAACACGGAGAUUGAGCCCUGAAAAAAACGUAACAACAGUGCCCUCAAAUGUCAGGAUAAGUACGGGAUAUGUGAGCAUUGUUAAAAAUACAUGCUCUUCACAAUUAUUUUUUUUUACUAAAAAAUGAUGUCGCAAAGUCUGAAAACAAAUAAGAGCAAUGAAGUCCUACACACAAUAUGUUCCAGUGUAAAAUCAAUCGCAUUGCCCCUUUAACCAAUAAAGAGAGAUUUUGAUUUAUUGUUAAUAAACUGAUAAAAAAAAUACAUUUAAUUAUACAUUUUCGAGAGUGCAAGCACUCUGGCGUAUCUUGACGAAAUUUUGUUUCGCAUCUUGUCUUACGAAGCGCUUGAUUUUUGAUUGAAUUUGUAUUUUUUAAACGCAUGCAUUAGAAAUGUACAUACUUAUUAUCAAUUUCCUUUGAGAGCUUUGCUAAAUUUGACAAACAAAACCGUAAUUUCGCUAAUUAAACUUAAGAAUAGUAAGUAGUGUCAGUUUUCGUCAGAGUUUGUUUAUUCAUGGUGGUUCAGUUAAAUUAGGCUUGGAAACAUUCUAAGUUAAUGAACCGUAAGUUAAAAACAAAAUACAGGAAAAGUUUAUUAAGUGUUAAUCGUGA